UUACUUCUCAGCUUUCGAAAAGCCCUUAACACACUCUGAUUUCAUAAGCUGUUAGUAAACUCGGAUGAAAGAUACGGCUGUUUUAUGCGAGAUAACCAACUAAACAUAACUGAAACAGGACUUCCCUCACCUCACAUCAUCAUUUCUCUUUUAUUUUUCUCUCUCUUUUCUUAUCAAACACACGAAGUCUGCAGCAGCGGACGAGGGACAUCGUCUGCGUGUGCGCGCGUGCCAACUGUCUGUGUUCUUGUGUGUGCGCAGUGCACGCACACAUGUGCCUCUCUCAGUGAUGUGAGAAAUCAAGAGGGACGCAUCUCUUAAGCCUCCUUGAGGUGGGAUUUCAAUUUGACGCAAAACGUAGCGCGCAUCUUCGAUCUCACAUAGGCUAGGCUACUCUCCUUUCAUGUGUGUGAGCACGCGCGUGUGUGCGCGCGAGCGUCUCCGCUCGCUGCAGCUCCGGCGUUGGGUAAACCCUCUCACUGCUGCACUUCAGCCAAUGUGGAUCAACUCGUCCGCCUCGCAUGGCUCCUAAAGAAGCGGAUAUGCCCCAGUGCCACGGGAGACUGACGCCUUCACUGUCUUCCUCUACUCCGCAAAUGGUCCUCUUGGGGAGUUAUGGUCAGUAAGGUGGCAGGCCGCUGCACUCUGUCAAGCUCAGAGUCUGACUCGGAGUCCGGCGGGCCUUCGCUGGAACAGAGCGGAGCAGACUCGGUACGCAAGCGAAACAAAGCCCUGCAGGUGCGCUUUAAAGACAUCUGCGAGGCGCAGAAUGAGGCCGCCCAUCGAGGUGCCAGGAACCGCUCUGUUUCCUGCAAGGUCAUCCACCGGAGGUACAUGACCAUGCCGGCACGCCGUUCCAUCCCGAAUGUCACCAAGAGCACAGGUGUUCAAACCUCACCCGACUUGAAAAAGCGCUACCAGACUUUCCCCUUCGAGCGCAAGAAGGGAAAUGUCAUCAAACACACCGCUCUGGUGGAGAACUACCCGGAUCAAAACAACGGCUUUCUCAGUGACGUGAAGGGUGGGGAGCAAGCGGAAAGGUGUGACGGACGGGUGCAGCAGACCCGAGUGUUGCUCCACGCUACUCCGCAGGACUUAUGCGCCGGACCAGACUGCUCGGAUGGAAAACUCUGCCCUGACCCGUUAGAUACGGUUUCCGAUCGGUCCGACUCGAGGAGAGACGCCAACGUCCCGGGGACUGGGGCCAAGCACAAAGGAUUAUCAAGCGAGAGCGAGGCAGGGCCAGGCCGGCAGCCCAACUGUGCCUCCUCAACCACACCGACUCAACCUCUGCAGGUCAGGGGUGACUGCUCAAAGAUUUCCGGCCCUAUUGCAUGGACGUCUUUGACACAAGUAGAAUGCCUGGAGAGUCCCCCAGGGAGCUGCAAACGCAAAAAAGACACCGCACAGCUGAACGGAUUGCAGGGGCAGUCUCAGGCUCUGCCUCAUUCGGCGAGCUGUGCUUCCCAGGCCCAUGUACAUGCCCACUGUCACAGUAGCCAAAAGUCUGGCACCGCAGAGACCAGGCAGGGCACAAGGGGGCAGAUGAUUGCUCUACCCAGGGCUGAUGGUAAUGUGAAAGCCAGGCUUCAAGCCAUGGAGGCUCUGAUCAGCUCCAGUCAAGAAACCAUCAAAGUGCUGCUAGGGGUCAUUCAGGAACUGGAAAGAGGAGAAGCACAGCGAGAGGGACUGUCAUAUCGAACUGGGCAGGACACAUCCAACUGCGACACGUGUCGUAACAGUGCCUGCAUCAUCUACAGUGUGGAACUAGAUUUUAAACUUCAAGAGGACAAACUGCAGCCCUUAAUGAAGAGACUGUGUCCUUUAGAAGAGCCGUGCUACCCGUCUCUGCCUUACACACACGAGGUGUUCACCUCCACACCCAAACGCAAGUCCAAGACUGAGACCAAGAAGCACGCGCGAUGGAAACUCUGGUUCCUCUAACAUAUGGAUUCAGGGAACCUCAAACCAUCAGGCCACCACAACGAGCAAAUUCUAGUGGAAUUCUGCUUCACUAAAUGGAUAAACAUGGAGAAAUGCUCACUGCGAGCCACCGUUUUGGAACAUGCCUCAUGGGAUCCAUCGAGUGACUGGAUUUUAAUAAGGAAUAACACAGUUGUUUUCUAAUCAUGACCCUCAAAUAAACCCUCUGAGUUUGGGAACUGCUGAAUUCACCUGAUCUCACGUUUUCCAAAGGGAUUACACAAUGAUUCUUUGGUUUAGACAAGUUAGCAAGGUAAGAGAGCAGGGAUGUUUGUGCCGUAGAUGCGUGUGUGUGUGUUGUAUCCCAUGUUUAACUCUGAUCUUUCUCUCUCCUUUCUACAUUUAUCCUUUUGUAUUUAGUGAACCUGCGGAGGCGACAAGAAACUUCAAAGCUAAAUGAUAGUUUGCCACAAAGCUACUUUGGAUCCGUACAUCAAUCAAAGACAUCUAAUCAACAAAGCACAAACUUUUGAGAGUUAUAAAGUAGAUUUGAUAGCUGAGAUAUACCUCUGUCUUUUUCAUUCUUGCUUUCCUUCUUUCUCAAAGUCUCUCACCUCUUCAAUUUUAAAUGAAAAUUGGUUAUCAUUCUAUGACUAAAUGAAUAAAAAAUUGUAGUGAGUAAAAGCAGAAUCAGUUGACGGCAUGCACUAAUAAUCGAUGGCUUUGUAGAGAUCUUUUUCCUGAAAAACGUUGAGGAUGUAAAAUUAGUAUGUCAGAAAUGGUUAGGCUUAAAUGUAUGAAUGAAAAUGUAAAAAAAAAAAAGUUUUAAUUUAUUUUUUGAAAAUACAAACUGUGAAUUGUCUUUAAAUUAUAUUGAUUUCUGUAUCAAAUAAUGGGCUAUAAACAUGGCUGAGAUGAGAAAAGGAUUUACAGAAAAAUGUCUAUUUGCAGGGUUUCAGGCCUGAAUAUGUUCUUGGGAAUAUGGCGCUAUAUUUAGUUUUCACUAAAUAUAUAUUUGUCGGACUCAUAAAAGAAAUUGGCUGAAAAUUGGUAACAUAAUAUGUUCCAUGAUGGAAAAGUAUGUUAUAUGGUGGAAAGUGCACAACUUCAAAACACAAAACAAUAGAUGCAGGCUCUAUAAUACACACCACUCUGUUCAAGCUGACGUGUCAUUUCCUCAAUUAAAUUUGAAUAUGAUGUAAGCCAAUCACUAAAAUCUUGUGCUUGUUUGCCCACCCAAAGCACUGUAAUGAAAUGAUCACAACACACAAUUUGGGAAGUAUAACAAUGCAGGUAACAACUAUAGAGGGCUAUGUAUAUACAAUCUGUGCUUAAGCUUAGCAUUUAUUUAGCUAUAAAAAGUGUUUGUAUUAGAUAUUCACAAGUCAAAAUGUCUUCAACAGGCUGUAUUUAGCUGGUAGCCCUAGAACCUUCAUACUUGGAGGGCAUUUUGAUAACUAUAUAUAUAUAUAUAAUAGUAAUAAUAAGUUGGUCACUUCACAAUAUCUUGUUUAAUUGGAGCACAGUACCGGCAUAACAUAUUCUUGUAGCAUAACACAGAUGCAUCAUUAUACCCUGAGAAAGUGCAAUUGAUUUAUAUUGUGCAAUAUUACAUUUUAUACAAUUUCUACCCACAGUGCAUUUACAAUAAAGAAACUGAUGCAACGUAUUAUGACUCGACUGUGCUGUUCCCGUGAACGUUCUUUUAGAGAAAGACCAAAGAAAUGUGGGUUGCUUUGGGAUUCUUGCAAAGUGGAUUCUGGUGGUGAUACUCAAUUCUGGAA